CAAGGGAUUCUAUGCUCGGCCAAUAAGGUUGAAAACGACACAAAAGUAGAAAAUUAAAAUUUCAUGUUUCGAUAUAUCUCGAUUAUUGUGUUACGAUAUAGUAGUUACAUAUGAAUAUAGACGCGGUGAUGGAAAUAUAAUGCUAAACUUCAAUCCUAUAUGUGUGUAUUACAAAUAAUGUUUUGUUCUAUGUACAUAAUUCUUUAAUACUAUUUGAGAAGCAGGCAACGCACAUAAAAUAAAAAAGGAAAGAUCAUUUGACAUAAGAUACAAUAACAUAAUUAAUCGAUUGAAGCACUUAAUUUGUGUCAAAAUGGAUAAUCGACAUUAUGAUAAUCCAUUCGAAGAGUAUCCUAACUCUACAUCAAAUAUUGUGAAUGCAGCUACUAAUGAUAGAUUGAUAUUCAUUAGAUAAGUGAAAAUUACAAAGCAACGGUACACGUAUAUACAAAGAGAUUACUGAAUAGAUUGGAAGAAAAGAAAAACCAUUGGACUUACAAUGAUGAUUACUCUAUGUACACUGGAUCAGCAGGGAUUGCAUAUAUGUUUUACCAAUAUGGAAAGUGCUUCAAUGAACCAGCUUACGUUGAUAAAGCGAUGGAAUUAUUAAGAAUAUGUGUAGAUAAAUUCAGGGGCAAAAGGGAAAUUACAUUUUUGACUGGCAUAGUGGGUCCAUUAGCCCUGAGUGCUGUUGUUUUUCAUUCAGAAGGCUAUUCUGAUGUAGCACAAAAUAUGAUUUCAAAGGUGAAAUCAUUAUCAUCUGUUGUUCUGAAUGAAAGUAGCGAUUUGCCUGACGAGUUGCUCUAUGGAAGAGCCGGAUAUCUGUUUUCUCUUCUCUUUUUAAAUUCAAAUAUAUCUCCUGCUCCUAUAGAAAAUAAUCUUAUUAAACAGGUCAUUGCACUCAUAAUUAAAUCUGGAAAUCUGUAUUCUGCUUCAAGAAAGUACAAAUCACCCUUAAUGUAUGUUUGGCAUGACACAGAGUAUAUUGGUGGUGCACAUGGAUUGGCUGGAAUACUUUACAUGUUGUUACAGGCACAUCAAUACCUAACACAAACUCAACUAGAGAAAGAUAUAAAGCCAGCAUUAGACUUUCUUCAGAGUAUACGAUAUCCUUCUGGAAAUUUUCCAUCCUCUAUUGGAAGCCAGACUGAUAAAUUGAUACAUUGGUGUCAUGGAGCACCUGGAAUGAGUAUGCUAUUCUGUUUAGCUUACAAGAUAUAUGAAGAUGAAAAUUAUUUAAAAAUUGCUUUACAAUGUGGAGAAGUGAUUUGGUCAAGAGGAUUGCUUAAAAAAGGAUACGGAAUAUGCCAUGGUGUAGCUGGAAAUGCGUACACAUUUUUGACUCUUUUCCAGCAAACAAAAGAUAUAAAACAUCUUUAUAGAGCUUGCAAGUUUGCAGAGUGGUGUAUGGAUUAUGGAACACAUCAAAUAAGAUCACCCGAUAGACCAUUUUCCUUAUUUGAAGGUCUUGCUGGUACAAUCUAUUUCUUGAUUGAUCUACAACAUCCUUUUUCAGCAAAAUUCCCAGCGUACACCGUUUAAAUCCGAUAUACCAUUCAUUCAAUAUUUAUCUGACAUAAUUAUUUAUUCUUUAUAAAAAUUUUGUUUAAAAAAAUUGUUUAAAGAAUG